CUGGACACACACACACUCAAAAGCACUGAAGGCUAUGGUGGGAGAAGACGCGCACGGACCUCCAGCGAGCUCAUUUCACAGCGACUGACCUGCGGCGGGUGUAUCUUUAAAUGAGAAGAUGUCUGUGAACGAGGUGUACGUGUUCCGACCCUUCAAGCUGAUCGCCCUGCUGUGCGUCUUCCUCGCGCUGUGUUUGGACGUGGUGGCUCUGCUGAGCCCAGCCUGGGUCACUGCGGAGCAUUUCUCCCUUUCUCUGUGGGAGUCCUGCUCCCAGUCCGAGGCAAGGCUCCCGACGGAGGAGGCUCAGUGGAGCUGUUUCUCCACCCUCACAUCUGACUGGCAGAUUGCCACCCUGGUGCUGCUGGUGUCUGGCGCCAUUGCAACUCUCGUGGCCUUUCUGGUGGCCCUCAUUUCUCUCUGUCGGGGGACGCAGAGGAGACACUACCGCACCGUGGCCGUGUUCCUCUUCACCGCAGUGGUUCUGCAGGCCUGUGCUCUGGUCCUCUACCCAAUCAAGUUCAUCGACGGAACAGUCCUUCAGACCUAUCACGAGUUCAACUGGGGCUACGGGCUCGGCUGGGGAGCCACUAUCUUCAUGCUGGGAGGAGGGAUCCUCUUCUGCCUGCGGACGGACAUAUACGAGGAUGCAAUGUACUGAGUCCUUCGUCGCCCCCUGCUGCUGGAAAUGUAUAACAAAACAUAUAAACAUAAACACACACACACACACACACACACACACACACACACAAAUUCCUGUACAGGAGGUGUGCUACUUUUCUUCACUCUGCACACAGCCAAUGCGUAUGUGAGCACAGACCCCGUUUCUCUCUUUCUCUCGCUGUCUUGCUCUCCGUUAUUUUUAGACAGGUUGUGAAAGGCUAAUUUAGGCCAGGGCUGUUUGAAUAGGACCUCCACCUCCCAUCCACCCCCCACAUGCAGCUAGCGGGUCCCUCAGCCCUGCCGGUAUCAGCGGUGAGGCGGCAGAGCUAAAGCACAAAGAGUUUUCUGGACAGGCACGAGCCUCCGAUGCUGGACGUUUCCACUGUAUGUUGACCUGGAUCUCUAUUGUCAGAGAAACAGGACAGUGGAUGCUCAGCACAGUCAUGAUUGUGCAGUGGCUGAACUUUUAAAGGGACUAACUGAUCUCCACACUUCCCUUUUUUAAAAUUCUUUUUGUAGCAUUUCAUGAGGACAAGCUUGUUGUUAAUGUAUUUAUAGCAUCAUUUCCCACUUUAUAAGUAUUGAACUUGUCCCUCUAUGUGUUCUAGCUGAAACAUAUCUAAAAAUGCGAAGCCUUCUAAUAUUAGAAGCGUAAAUUAGUCAGCUUUGAUGUAUGCUGGAGUUAUUGAGUGUUUGUAGUUUUGUUUGGAAACUCACACUAGUUUGUCUUGAAGGAAAAAUGUAAAUGUGUACAAAGUAUUUCUACGUGAAGGAAAAUUCUGAAUAAACAGCUGUAGUUUUGGGA